UUCAAAUAUAACGCAACGUAUUUUUAUUAUAAUUUCACACAAAAAAUAAAAACAAGUAAAACAAAAUGAAUAGCAAUAUUACUUCACGUUUUGAUAUGGCUGCUGAGAUUGUCAAUAUUGCAUUUGAUGAAUUCAAAACGCAUCAUAUCACAAGAAAUUAUACUGGAUUAAUACAAAGAUACUAUCAAUUGGUCGAAGAGGACUACGGAGAUCCUCGAUCGAAACGUUUUCCCUUAAUGGAACAUCCUCUGUACACUUUUGGUCUUGUUGGUAUUUAUUUAUCGUGGGUUUUAGUGAUAGGACCAUUUUUCAUGCGCGACAGAAAACCUUUCCAACUACGACGUACCCUCGUUAUCUACAACGCAUUUCAAGUAGCGCUAAGCGCUUACAUGUUCUACGAGCACUUGAUGGCUGGUUGGUUAAAUUAUUAUAACCUGAAAUGUCAACCGGUGGACUAUUCAGAUGGCCCCAUGUCAAAGCGGAUGCUGAACUUAUGCUACAUUUAUUAUCUCUCGAAAUUGACUGAAUUUGCUGACACAGUUUUCUUUGUGCUGCGGAAAAAGUCGUCACAAAUAACUUGGCUGCAUGUCUACCAUCACUCGGUAACACCUUUGGAAACAUGGGUUUUGGUUAAAUUUUUAGCAGGUGGUAAUGCGACAUUCCCCAACUUACUGAACAACUUUGUCCAUGUCUGCAUGUACUUCUAUUACAUGAUGUCGGCGAUGGGUCCAGAAUACGCUAAAUUUUUAUGGUGGAAAAAAUAUAUGACUGAAUUACAAAUUGCCCAAUUUGUACUCUGCAUCGUUCACACCACCCGCGCACUCAUUAGCACACAAUGCCAGUUCUCGAAAUUCAUCUCGGCCCUGCUCUUACUAAACUCUUCCAUUUUCUUCUGCCUCUUCAUGAAUUUCUACAUGCAAAGCUAUAGAAAAGCGAAGGAUCAGAAAGCGUUGGCCGCUGAAAAGUCAAAAAUGAUGGAACUCAAUAACAAUAAUAUUGAUGCCGUAUCUGCCAAUAAGGUCAAAGUUAAUUAAAUACACCAAAUGAAAACGUAAAAACAGGCCAUAUCCUCCUCCUCAGCACAAAAACAAAUACAACAACAGCGUUUGUUGAUUGUACAAAAGACUUCUUACCUGACUUGCAUUAAACCGUAUUCAAUAUAUAAAAUGUACAUAAUUAAGGAUUUCAA